CUACUUUCACCAUAGCCAACUCAGCAAUAUGCCGGUCGUCAAAGGAGGAGUGUGGACGAAUAUCGAGGACGAGAUCCUUAAGGCGGCCGUCUCCAAAUAUGGGCUGAACCAGUGGGCGCGAGUUUCAUCGCUCCUCGCGCGCAAAACCGCCAAACAGUGCAAAGCACGAUGGACUGAAUGGAUCGACCCGGGCAUCAAGAAGAUCGAAUGGAGUCGCGAGGAGGACGAGAAGCUGCUACAUCUGGCCAAGCUGAUGCCCACGCAAUGGCGCACGAUCGCCCCCAUCGUUGGCCGGACAGCGACACAAUGUCUCGAGCGAUAUCAGAAACUGCUAGACGAGGCCGAGGCGCGAGAGAGCUCUGAGUUUGGACUGGCAGGUCCCGACGGCGGCGAGACAAAGGCACCUAGCGCAGACGACGUGCGGAGGCUGCGACCUGGAGAACUGGAUCCAAAUCCGGAGAGCAAGCCUGCUCGACCGGACACCAUCGAUCUAGAUGAGGACGAGAAGGAGAUGCUGUCUGAGGCUCGAGCUCGCUUGGCCAAUACGCAGGGUAAGAAAGCGAAGAGAAAGGCCAGAGAGAGACAGCUGGAAGAGAGUCGUAGACUGGCCGUGCUGCAGAAGAGACGCGAGCUGAAGGCUUCGGGUAUCAAUGUCAAAGUCACGACGAGGAAGAAGGGCCAGAUGGAUUACAAUGCGGACAUUCCAUUCGAAAAGGCUCCCGCGCCUGGCUUCUUUGACACACAGGAAGAAAUGGCUGCGAACGAGCAUGAGCGGGAAAUGUUCGACCCGAGAAAACAGCAAUUGGCGAAUAAGCGCAAGGGCGACGGACAGGAUCCGAACGAGCAACAGUCAAAGAGGCGGAAGGAUGAUGGUGGUGCGAGUGCUCACGCUGCACACUUGAAGACGGCACAACAGCAACGUCUGAGAGAGGCAGAGCAGAGUAGCAAGCGCAGGGGACUGGUGUUGCCCGCGCCCCAAGUUAGUGAGGGUGAACUGGAAGAGAUCGUCAAGAUGGGCAUGUCUGGGGAGCGGGCGCAUCAACUGGCGGAAAGCAGCGAGAACGAUGCGACUCGAGGCCUGAUCAGCAAUUAUUCCAACAACAUGGUCGGAGCCACACCUCUCCGCACUCCUCGAGCAGCUCCAGAAGAGGACCGCAUCCAGGCCGAACUACGCAAUGCACGACUUCGGACUGAAGAACAAUCCGCUCUGCUGGGAGGAGAGAAUGCAGAGCUUUCGGAAGCUGGCACAGGCUUGGAUGGUGCGGCUCCUUCGAAGCAAGUUCUGCGUACUCCAAACCCCAUGGCCACACCUGCUCGUCUCCAGAACGGCUCAGUCGGAGCUACCCCGAUGCGGACACCUCGAGACAGCUUCCGCCUAAACCAGGAAGACGGCUCCAUGCAGCUCGUCUCGCAAACCCCUCGAGAUAUCCGGCUCGCCCAGCAGGCUUCUCGCAGUUCUCUACGUGGCAAACUUGCCUCCCUCCCCAAACCGCAACAGACCGAAUUUGAACUCGAGGCCCUCCCAGAAGAGCGUGACGAAAUCGCCCACGCCGCGCAAUUAGCAGCAGAAGAUGCUUCGGUCCGUGAUGCGCGCAAUGCCGAACUCAAGCGAGCUCAAGAUCUGGCCGACUUUAAGCGCCAAACGCAAGUCGUGCAAAAAGGUCUGCCCCGUCCUAAAGUAGUCGACAUCACCGCUCUUCGCAAAUCCGCUCAAGCCAUUGUCAAUCCAGUUCAACGCAGUGUAGCAGAAGAAGCUGCUCACCUCAUCGCCAAUGAUGCCAAGCUAUUUGGCGGAUCUCACCUCACUGGUGGCAAACCUCCGCGUAUUCCGAGAUAUUCUGAAGAUCUGAUGCAACGCGCCCAAAUGGAAGUCAUUCUCGAAAUGGGACAAGAUUCCGAUCGUGCACAAUUCGGCUCAGCCUUUGCGGCCGCUUGGGAGAAGGCUCACUCCAGUCCUAUCAUCCUUCCCGGUCUGGCCGGUUAUGCCGAAGACGAAGUCGACGAAGAACAACUUUGCACCGAAGCAUUCGAUACCAUCCAAGAGACCAUCCAGCAAAUUUCCGAAAAGGGGAGUGUACUCGAGAAGAAGUUGGGGAAAUUGCACGGAGGCUACAUCAAUCGAAGCAAACUAUUGAGGACGAAAAUCAGUCAGGCUGCCGAAGCGUUGGAAAAGGUGAAAUUACAGCAGAUGGUGGGUCAGGCACAAAUUGUGGCAGAGGAAGCUGGCAUCGUGGGUAGAUUGGAGAAAUUGAGAGAGGAAGUAGGCUUUGUGAGUCGAAGGGAGAGGGAGGCGCAAGAUGUGUUUCGGGAGAGAAAGGAUGAGUUGGAGGGUUUACGGCGGAAGUGAACGUUUACUAGGUAACAAAGAUGGUACCUUGGUAGACAAUAAGC